AUGGGCGUAACAUCCCUCUGGACAAUCCUCCACCCAACCGCUCGUCCCAUAAAGAUCGAUACGCUCGCCCACAAGCGGCUCGCCGUCGACGCCUCGAUCUGGAUCUACCAGUUUCUGAAAGCCGUACGCGACAAAGAAGGCAACGCCCUGCGCAACUCGCACAUUGUUGGCUUCUUCCGGCGCAUCACCAAGCUGCUCUUCUUCGGCAUCAAGCCCGUCUUCGUGUUCGAUGGCGGGGCGCCGGCGCUGAAGCGGGCGACGAUCGCCGGGAGGAAACGGAGAAGAGAGGGCAGGAGGGAGGAUGCGGUGAGGACGGCGGGGAAGCUAUUGGCGCUGCAGAUGCAGAGGGUUGCGGAGGAGGAGGAAAGGAAGAGGAAGGAAGAGGCGGGACGGAGGAGGGGCACGGCGAAGGAUCAGGAUGAAGAGGAGGUCCUGCCGGAGAAUUUGGUUUAUGUGGAGGAGCUACAGAUGAGCGCCCAGGAGAGGCAGCAGAGCCGGAAGUUCAAGAAGAAGGACCAGUAUCAUUUGCCGGAGCUGGAUGUCAGUUUAGCGGAGAUGGGCAGGCCGGAUGAUCUGAGGGUCAUGAGCUUGGAGGAGCUGGAGCAGUAUGCGAGACAGUUUGAUACGGGGGAGGAUGUCGAUGUUUAUGAUUUUAGCAAGAUUGACUUCGAUAGCCCGUUCUUUGUGAGCUUGCCUGCUAGCGAUAGGUACAACAUCCUUAACGCGGCACGGCUGAGGAGUAGGCUCAGGAUGGGAUAUUCGAAGGAUCAACUAGAUACGAUGUUCCCAGAUCGCAUGGCCUUCUCGAAGUUCCAGAUCGACAGGGUCAGGGAGAGGAACGAGCUCACGCAGCGCUUGAUGCAGGUUGGUGUCACUGGCGACGAUGGCACAUUUGGAGUCAAUGGCACAAGCAGGGUCGCGGGCGAGAAGGGCAGGGAGUAUGUCUUAGUCAAGAACGACGGUGUCGAAGGCGGAUGGGCUCUGGGUGUUGUAAGCAACAACAAGGAGGAGGGUGAGAGGAGUAAGCCGAUCGAUGUCGAGGAGCUCGAAAGGCGUCGGAAACUAGCUCAGGAGGCGGAAAACGAAGAAUCUGAGGAAGAGGAUGAAUUCGAAGACAUCCCAAUCGAGGGACUCAACCGGCUACCAAAACGUACAGUUGCUACAGGCCAAGGUACGGGUGGACGGGACGUUGCCGCGAAGAGACGAGCGCUCUACAAGUCACGCAAGCAGAACGCUUCAGGGCGACCCCGGGCUCCCAAGCUCAGAACCGAAACUUCCGACUCUUUGUUCGUAGCCGACGAGAACCCCGAAGAGGAGGAGUGGGAAGAUGUGGCAAUCGAAGAAGUAGAUGAUUUGUUUGAAGAGCAGCUACAGGACGGAGACCCCGAAGACGAGGAGCUACAGCGCGCUAUAGCCAUGUCACUUGAGCAGGACCAACCAACACCCAGCGCCGAGCCGAACCUCGAAGCAGAAGACCUUGAUGACUAUAAUGAAGUGUUCGAGCAGAAAAGGGCCGAAGAUUCCCGGCCAUUCUUCGAAGGCAGCGGAUUGGCUAUUGCUAAGAUGGCCAACAUGCGCAGUAAGAAAGUAGCGGCUGAAUUGGUAGUAGCCAGCGACAGCGAGGAGGACGACAUGGAUCUGCAGGCAGCACUGGUGGAGUCUAGGAAAUCGAAAUACAAGCCAAAGCCGAGCAAGCCACGGAGACCAUCAUCGCCGCCUGCACCAAAGAUACAGGAACCUCCGCCAGCGGCCUCGUCGUCUAGACCUCCGGCACCUCCAGCACAGAAAGCAGAUCCUUUCGGUGGCGCUUUGCCAUUCGAGAAGCUCAACCUGGGCAGCUCGUUGCUUGGGAAUAAGAAGAUGCAAAAGCUUACCGAGGACAGUGCCGGCGGUUUCGAGAAAGACACGCCUGCGACAUCGAAGAAAGAAGCAACUCCGCUGCCGCCGUGGUUCUCCGAGGACAUGCAGCAAGGCCUGAACGCGCAAAAGAUCAUCGAAGCUGAAGACAGGCGAAAAGACAGAAAGGUGGCAGAGGAAGAGUUCCAGUUCAUCGAGCAGCCAACACUGCGUAGGCAUGAGACACAUGAGGUCAUUGAUGUGGAUGAGCCGGCCCCGCGGAAACAGGAUCCUAUUGCUAUUGAGUCAUCUGACGAUGAUCAAGAGAUGGAGGAUGUGGUCGUCCUGGAUCCAAAGAUCCGCAUGGGCGACAUGGCGGACAAAGUCAGAGCAGACCCGCCGCCUAAAACCAAAAAAUCAGAGAGUGCUGCCAUUGAGAAACCAGUAUCAUUACAGCCUCACACGCCGCAAGAAUCUGAUGAGGAGGUGUUAGAGUGGGAGGAAAGUGACCAUGAGGCUCCACCACCUGAAAAGGUAACCCCUUCAAUAGAACCUGCUGGUGGCCGCAUUCAUCCAGCUCCUCCUCAUGCACCUUUCGAGGAAUCUGAGGAUGAGUUUGAGGAUGUACCCAUACCGGAAGCUCCCCUUCAGCUCCCGGUCGCUGAAGCAGUCGUCCCAAUGCAGGAUAAGAUUGAGGAUGAAGACGGCCCGAUACCAAUGUCUGGCCACGUAAACCAAGAAGGCUCAUUAGAAGAUGACAACCCGGAAAUCACAUUUGGCGACGAGCAAUACAGCGACCCCGAGGACGAAGCCCUAAUGCUCCAACUCGCCGCCGAAAGCGAAGAACACGCCCGCUUCGCCUCGACCCUGAACAACAAGCCCCAGCAAGAAAAUCUCCUCGACUACGAGCGUGAGCUGAAGCAACUUCGCAGCCAACAAAAGCGCGACCGCCGCGACGCCGACGAAGUAACCCAGACCAUGAUUAUCGAAUGCCAGCAGCUGCUCUCGCUCUUCGGGCUGCCCUACAUCACCGCGCCCAUGGAAGCCGAAGCACAGUGCGCCGCGCUCGUGGAUCUUGGGCUUGUCGACGGAAUCGUUACUGAUGACUCCGAUACCUUCCUCUUCGGCGGCACACGCGUGUACAAGAACAUGUUCAAUGCGGCCAAGUUCGUCGAGUGCUACCUGCUGUCCGACAUCAGCAGCGAGCUCGGGCUGUCCCGCGAGAAACUCAUCGCGGUCGCAGAGCUGCUGGGCAGCGACUACACGGACGGCCUCCCCGGCGUCGGCCCGGUGACUGCGCUCGAGAUCCUCUCUGAGUUCGACGACCUGACGGCCUUCAGGGAGUGGUGGGCCGCCGUGCAGUCAGCGCACAGGAAAGCGGACGAGGAUAAGAACAGCCCGUUCCGCAGGAAGUUCAGGAAGAGCUAUGCCACGAAGCUGUUCCUGCCGCCCACCUUUCCUGACCCUCGGGUCCGCAACGCAUAUCUAGAGCCGGAUGUCGACACGGAUCCGAGCCCGUUUGUCUGGGGCGUGCCGGACCUGGAUGCGCUGCGGCGCUUCCUUAUGGCCACAAUUGGGUGGAGCCAGGAGCGCACGGAUGAGGUGUUGGUCCCGGUUAUCAGGGAUAUGAAUCGUAGGGAGACAGAGGGUACGCAGAGUAAUAUCACGCAGUUCUUUAGCGGAGGGGUUGGGGUGGGCGCGAGGCAGAGGGUCGGGAACGGGGAGGGAGAGGCUGCGAGGGGGAGUGGUGAGGCGUUUGCGCCGCGGAGGAGGGCCGAGGGGAAGAGUAAGAGGCUUGAGAGUGCGCUGGGGCGGAUGGCGGAGAAGGCGAAACGGCGGUCGGGGGAAGGUCUCGAUAGGGGCGAGGUGGAUGGGGAGGUGGAUGGGGAGGUUGAGGCUGUUGGUGGGCGUGAGUCUGUACCGGGGCCUCAGAGUCUUUCUGCAAGAGCGAAUGGGAAGAACGGGAAGAAUGGGAAGCGGGCUAAGCCUGCGACGCCUGAGGAGCCCUCUGCGGAAGAGGACGAGGCAUACGCUGAGCCGCGGAAGAAGACCAAGAAAGCCAGAAGCACAAGCGCUCCUGUCAAGAGAAAGGGAAAGACCAAGGCAUCGGCUUGA